AUGUCUGUCACUACAGCCCUGUCGCUCGCUCUUCUCUACUUCUUCGCUCCUUUCGUAUUAGCCGCCCCUUUAGAAGAUGGCGCCGCCGCUGCAAUGCCGCCAAUGGACUCGUGCGAAGAGUGCGAGGUCUGGGAGACUCUGCCUCCGGUCUACGUGACCGAGCCGUGUGAGGAGUGCGAACGCAUGCACCCUUCCACCCCCAUGGCUCAAGAUACCGCCACAUGUGACUCUACCGCGCCCAACCUGAUCCCAUACACCUCUGGCUCGAGCACCUACUACAUCUCCAGCUGUCCAGUCACCACCAGAACUCAGCACCACACCGUUACCAUCACCGCGCCCCACCGCGUUCACACGCCGGCAGAGGGUCGGCAUGGCAAGGGAAAGCCUCCGCACCAUUCGACUCACACUCCGGCAAAUCGGCAUCCCCCGGGGUACGGUGGCGACACGACCCAUUCAAAGAAGAAACAUCAUCCCAAGACGCAUCACCACAAGCACCCCAAGAGCAAAGGUGCUCAUUCGACACAGGAUCAGUGUACGCCUAGUACCGUUUAUCAGCCUUCCACCGUCUAUAUCAAUGGUACUGGGCAAGUCAUACCUUCGACCGUGACCACGACCAGCACCGAAGCAUGCACAGGAAGCGGUGUUCAAACUGUUACACUGACGGAGACUAAUGCUGUGACGGUGCCGUCCAACCAGACCAUCUGUCCGACCGUGAGCCGCGUGAUAGUGACCUCCACCGAUUUCACGGCGACAACGACCUUGCCGGCUCAGACUGUCACUGUUGGCACCGUAACUGUUACGGCCGUUCCCAAGCGAGUGGCCACUGCGACUGUCACCGAUGCGACUGCGACUGUCACCAAAACUCACACCAUGCCGGCUCAUACUGUCACGGUGGGCACUGCGACUAUUACCAAACAGCACACCAUGCCGGCUCAUACUGUAACUGUGGGCACUGCGACUAUUACCAAAGAGCACACCAUGCCGGCUCAUACUGUAACUGUGGGCACUGCGACUGUCACCAAAGAGCAUACCAUGCCGGCUCACACUGUGACUGUUACUGGCGUGCCCAAAAGAGUCAUCACUGCGACUGUCACCGAAGCCACUGCGACUAUCACCAAGACUCACACGGUGACAGCCAAAGUGGGCCAUGAGACUCGAACCGUCACCGCCAAGGGGAAGGAAACAAAGACCAUUACACGACUUGACAAGACUACAGUAACUGUCCAUGGAGGAAAAGGAGCCCAUACCGUCACGGAAAAGGAACGAGUGACUGUCACUGAAAAGCAUGGAGCUGCGAGCAAAUGCCACCCGACUACAGUCACCCACACCAAAAUCGAGACCGUCACGAAGACUGAGAUCGUGAAAAGCAAGAAGGCCAAGGGGACCAAAACGCCUGCAGGCUACGGCGGUGGCGGCUCCGGCGACAAGACUGCCACUAAGCAUCAUAAGACGGUCAAGAAGACAACCAAAGCCAAGACGCCUCCUGCCUACGGCGGUGGCCAGGCCACCAAGCCUGCCACCAAACAUCACGAGACCAAGCAUGCGACAAAGCACAAGACCAAGGCCGCGACGAAGCACAAGACCAAGGCUGCGACGAAGCACCACGAGACCAAGCACGCCACCAAGCACGCCACUAAGCACGCAACAAAGCAUGCGACCAAGCACCAUGCGAAGACGAAGGCUACAAGGCCAGCCUCCCCUACUUACUAA